AAUCUCAAGUAGCCAGCAGAGGUCGCUGUCUGCAAAGAAGUAGCGCGCAAGAGCCUUGACGUCUCGGCAUUGGCUAUUUAAUCGUAGGGAAUUCUUUCGUUUAAUCACAUUUUUUGGAUCUGGAUAUUUGGUACGUUAAGUAAAAAUCUUCAAGGAAAUUUAAAAUGGAUUUACUUCGAAUUUACAAGAUUGAAAGAAAUGGUUACGUCAUCAAGAGAUGAUCCAAUCACCGCGCUGAAAGUGUCUGACGACAGAGACGGAAGCAUCUGUGCACCUGCUGAGGACGGACGGACAAUUAAAUGCUUUCUAUGCGUGAUGUCUGGAGGUUUAACGUUCAUGGGAGUCUAAAGUCAGCUUUUAUUUGACCAACGCCGGGAGGACAGCAGCUGGGGUGAGGCAGAGGCCCGCGCGGCCGCGGUUCAGCCUGUUGGCAGCGGAGGAGCUAACUGUGAUGAGCCGUCAAGCUAAACACUGUUAAGAAAACCGGAAGUUGUUUCACAGUUUUACUUGACUGGAUUUUAUUUUUUUAAAACAAAUCAAACAGAGGAUCGGAGGGCUGCAGAAGAGGCCCGUCUCAUGCCCCGCUGCUGAGCAUCAGGAUGCAGAUCCUGCUGGCAAAGCUGCUCGGCCUGCUGGGGCUGUUUGGCCUCAUGCUGGCUGGCGUGCUGAUCCCGGUGCGCCUCCUGCUGGUUGACCACGAGAAAGCAAACCGGUACAGACGAGCGCUGUCUCUCUGUAACUCGUUUGGAGGAGGCGUGUUCCUCGCCACGUGCUUCAACGCUCUGCUGCCCGCCGUCAGAGAAAAGGUGGCAGCACUGUUUGAGCAGCUGAAGAUCAGCGGUGAUUAUCCUCUAGCAGAGACUAUGAUGAUGGUGGGCUUCUUCCUCACUGUGUUUGUGGAGCAGGCGGUCCUCACCUUCAGGAGGGAGAAACCGUCCUUCAUCGAUCUGGAGACCUUCAACGCUGGAGGCUCCGAGGCUGGCAGCGACUCUGAAUACGACACGCCCUUCAUCUCCUCUGCUCGAAGCUCAGCGGAUGUUGCCAGGCGGCACGGACACCAUCAUGGACAUUUCAGCCCCUCCGAGUUGGCAGGGGCGGGGCCUCUGCGGCUGGCUGGGCUGGUUCUGGCUCUGUCAGCGCACUCUGUGUUCGAAGGCCUGGCGCUCGGCCUGCAGGAGGACGGGGCAAAGCUGGGCAGCCUCUUUCUGGGCGUGGCCGUCCACGAGACGCUGGCCGCUGUCGCCCUCGGGGUGAGUGUGGCCAAAUCAUCGCUAGGCAUGCAGGACGCCAUCAAGCUGGGCGUCACCGUCAGCUUGAUGAUCCCUCUGGGCAUGGUGGUGGGGAUGGGCAUCGAGUCGGCGCAGACGCUGGGGGGCGACGUGGCGUCCGUGCUGCUGCAGGGCCUCGCAGCCGGAACCUUCCUGUUUGUCACCUUCUUUGAGAUCCUGUCCAGAGAACUGGAGGACACGCGAGAUCGGCUGCUCAAAGUGCUCUUCCUCAUUCUUGGCUACGCCGCACUCGCCGUGCUCGUCUUUUUUAAGUGGUGACAAACAGGAAGUUCAUGGAAACCAAAUGAAGAAGAGACCACCUCAGUCCACCGCUGGACUCAGCUGCUUUUAGAAGAUUCGGAAGAGCUUCUGAACCGAUGUGAAGUUUUAACCAAAACAUGAAUUUAUACUUUUGAUAGUUUUUGAUGAAUAAGGAAAAUCAUUUUGUUGAAGAAAGAAGCACGACUUCCUCCAUCUGGACAUCCAUCCUGCUCCAGUUUGAUUUCUAACUUUUACCAACAGAUUUGAAGGUGUUUGCUGUUAAAGAAGAGAACCAAACUCCUGAUUUUUACCCCUUGCAAAAAUAUAGAGAGUUUUUACUGUGAGUGGCUUUCACUUUCAUGGAGUUUGAAUUUUCCAGCUGAUCCCUGAAAGCACAGCAUGAUGUGGUGAUGAUGUCAGUGAGCACACGACUUCCUGUUUCUGCAUUGAUCAGCAGUGCAGGGACCUCAUUUAUCAAUGAAAGCAGCAGCAUGCUGGUUUGAAUCCCAGCUGUCAUCCUUCUUUUGUGCUGAGUUUAUGUGUUUGUGCACCAGGUUCAGGAGGAAAAUUGUACUGUUAACUGUUUGCACUGUUUCUUUCAAUAAAAGUGUUUUUAUGGCCUGCUUUAAA